AUGUCGAAGAGCCUGCUGAACACUCACAGGGAUUUGGGGGCUUCCAUGCAUGGCUCAAGGCACCCGAGGAAUAGUCGGUUUACUCCCCGAACUCUGGGGCAGUUAGUAGUCACAGUCGGUCUGUUGGCUGCUGGGUACCGAUAUCUUUGGCGCCAAUACUCGCAUUCACUUGACCGUUCUUUUGCAUAUUCGGAUAGUGAUGUUAUCACCAAUGAGAACCGACAGGAAUUUCAACAGUACGCCAUCAGGAACCUUCUCGAUACUGGCCUGCCUUUCUUGGAAAAUGCAUCCCCAAUCACCGUCCAGGAUUUUCAGGAACGGCGAGAUCGACUCGCAGAAGCGCUAGUGGCUGAGGAUACCGAUGAUUUUGUGGUAGAGCCUGGCUACACGUUCAAAUACUACGGCAAUGUGAGCCAGCCAGAAUGGGAGGCUCGGGAGCCAGAAGAGCGUCCAUUCCUAAUGGUUGUCCAUCCUGUUUUGGACCGGACCACAGGGAUGCCAUUCACUGAAGAGCUCCAGAUUGUCCCCAGGGAGGAGCACUGGGACCCUUACAGUACUCAUCAGCAGUCGGACGUGUUUCUUGGCGUCAAUCGGGUGCCAUGCCUGAUGGUCGAUGAGGAGAUGCGAGACUUCAUUCAACGGGGCCUCAGUUCGGCAGGGUUUUAUGUCAUUGGUUUGCGCGGUCGAGUUGGAGAGGCUCGUCAGAUCAAAACUGCUCGUGAGGUUGGGAUUCUGCGCGCAGUCAACACGGGCACCAUGGAAGCUGUGAGGCAGAUGAGAAAAUGUCUGUAUCCUGGAUUGACGGAAAACGAGAUAGCCACCGUACUUGACAAUGCAUUGCGAGCAGCCGGCAUGGAGCCAUUCCUCGACAUCGUGCUAUUUGAUGAGGAUGCAUCAAACCCCCAUGGUGGAACAGAUGGAGAAAAGGUCCUUGAGCCGGAAACAUUUGUUUUGAUCGAUGUCGGCGGUCAUUUAUACGGGUAUUCUUCGGACAUCUGCCGUACUUUCCUCCCCCCUUUCCUCGAGAAGCCGUUGAAGGAUGCCUCUUUGUCGCCAAACUUGGAGGAGAAACUCAAGGUGUGGGACAUUGUGUUUGAGGCACAAACACAAUCAAUCCAUCGCAUGAAAGAAAACUUGACAGCCGCAAGUGUCGAUAUUGCUGCCCGCAACGUCAUUACCGAGGCCGGUUACGGCGAAACCUUCACCCAUCGGGUUGGUCAUGGAAUCGGAAUUAAAGCUCACGAAAGUCCAUAUCUCAGCAAAGGCAACACUAAUACUCUGCUCAAAACAGGCAUGACAUUCACCUCCGAGCCUGGUAUCUACUUGGUGAAUAAAUUUGGGGUGCGACAUGAGGAUAUACUGCUUGUCCAGGGCAAUGAAGAGCCGCAACUCUUGACGGGUCGCAGAGCUCUGGGGCCUUGGGACCCUUGA